CGCAACUGCAGACGCAGGUUGUAACUGUUAGUUUGACAACUCAUUCUGUCGUUAAUUUAUAUCGUUUCACCAAGAUUUUUAAAGAAAGAUGUCUAUUCUGAAGAUACACGCUCGUGAGAUUUUUGAUUCUAGGGGCAACCCCACUGUGGAGGUGGACCUCUACACAGAAAGAGGUCUGUUUCGAGCUGCUGUCCCCAGUGGAGCUUCUACUGGGAUCUAUGAAGCGCUGGAGCUCAGAGACAAUGAUAAGUCCCGCUACCUGGGCAAAGGUGUAUCAAAGGCUGUUGAGAAUGUGAACCAACAUAUUGCACCUGCUCUCAUUGGCCAGGGAAUUCCUGUUGUUGAGCAAGAAAAGAUUGACCAGUUCAUGCUGGAACUGGACGGAACUGAGAAUAAGUCCCGAUUUGGUGCCAAUGCCAUCCUGGGUGUGUCCCUGGCGGCGUGUAAGGCAGGAGCUGCGGAGAAAGGUGUUCCUCUGUACCGUCACAUUGCUGACCUUGCUGGAAACCCAGAGGUCAUUCUGCCUGUGCCGGCCUUUAAUGUGAUCAAUGGCGGCUCUCAUGCUGGCAAUAAAUUGGCCAUGCAGGAGUUCAUGAUUCUGCCGGUCGGGGCCAGCAGCUUUAAGGAAGCCAUGCGCAUUGGUGCAGAGGUGUACCACAAUCUGAAGAACGUUAUUAAGCAGAAAUAUGGCCAGGAUGCCACCAAUGUUGGUGACGAGGGAGGAUUUGCACCAAACAUUCUUGAGAACAAAGAAGCUCUAGAGCUGCUGAAGAAUGCCAUCAGUAAAGCUGGAUACACUGAUGAAGUUGUGAUAGGGAUGGAUGUGGCAGCAUCUGAAUUCUAUCGUGACGGACAGUACGACUUGGACUUUAAGUCUCCCGAUGACCCCGAUCGAUACAUCAGCCCCGAUGAGCUUGCUGACCUUUACAAGAGUUUCAUAGAGGAUUAUCCAGUGGUCUCUAUUGAGGAUCCCUUUGAUCAAGAUGACUGGGAGGCCUGGACCAAUUUCACCAACAGCACAGAAAUUCAGGUGGUGGGAGAUGAUCUCACUGUUACCAAUCCCAAGCGCAUAGCUACUGCAGUGGAGAACGAGGCUUGCAACUGCCUGUUGCUCAAAGUUAACCAGAUUGGUACUGUGACAGAGUCUCUGCAGGCAUGUAACAUGGCUCAGUCCAGUGGCUGGGGAGUGAUGGUGAGCCAUCGCUCAGGGGAAACCGAGGACACAUUCAUUGCAGACCUUGUUGUGGGACUGUGCACUGGACAGAUUAAAACAGGAGCCCCAUGCCGUUCAGAGCGUCUGGCCAAGUACAACCAGAUCCUCAGAAUUGAAGAGGAACUGGGGGAGAAAGCUCGCUUUGCUGGGAAGAACUUCAGAAAUCCACUGAACUGAGACCACCACAGUACAGUUAGAAGUAUUUAACCUCAUCCAGUAAAUAUACUAAUAGUAUAUGUUUUAACUUAUGAUUAAAGAAUGGGUUGAUGCUGAGACCAUAUCAUCAAGGACACUAAAACAAGAAUCAUAAUCGUUAUGUGGGUGACCAUUUGGAUGAGUGUCACGUGUACUUGUGUCAUGAUGAUUAUAUUGCAAAGAAAGUGCAAACAGUGUUUUCCUGUAAAUGCUGCGUAGCAGAUUUUUGAGGACUGUGCUUGUAAUAGUGGAUACUGUUAAAAUAAAAACAUCACCUCAACUA